AUCAUAUCUACUUCCUUUUUUUACCGGUGCAAUGGCUACAGGGACUCUAUACACAUUCCCUGACAACUUCAGAGCUUUUAAAGCUCAAAUUGCUGCAGAGUACAGUCGAACAACAAUCAAGCUUGCAAGUGGUUUUAAAUUUGGUGAAACCAACCAGACUGCAGAUUUCUUAUCAAAAUUUCCGCUUGGAAAAGUUCCAGCAUUUGUUACAGCUGGAGGAGACUGCAUAUUUGAAAGCAAUGCCAUUGCACACUAUCUUGGGAACACUCAGUUGAGGGGUAAGAAUGACAAAGAUGCAUCAUUCAUUUUACAGUGGAUUAAUUUUGGUGACAAUGAAAUUCUUCCAGCAUCUUGUACCUGGGUAUAUCCAUGUCUAGGUAUUGUGCAGUACAACAAACAGGAAACAGAGCGUGCUAAGGCACAGGUGAAAAAAGUUCUGACUGUGUUAGACAACUACCUGCUGACACGUACAUACCUUGUAGGAGAACGCAUCACUCAGGCUGACAUUAGUGUUGCUUGCAAUUUAUUGUCACUGUACAAAUAUGUUUUAGAUCCCAAGUUUGUAGAGUCUUUCACAAAUGUCAACAGAUGGUUUACAACACUUGUUAACCAACCUCAGUUUAAAAAAGUGAUUGGAGAUUUUAAAUUUUGUGAGAAGAUGGCAGAAUUUGAUGCUAAGAAAUAUCAGGAACUCCAUGGUAAAGCUGAUGGUGGAAAGAAAGAGAAGAAACCAGCAGAUAAACCCAAAAAAGAAAAACCCAAGAAAAAGGAUGAAGAUGAUGAUGAAGACGAUGAUGCACCUAAAGAGAAAGAGGAAAAAGAUCCAUUUGCUGCAUUUCCAAGAGGAAAAUUCAACAUGGAUGAAUUUAAACGUGAAUAUUCCAAUAAGGACACAUUAACAGAGGCACUUCCAUAUUUUUGGAACAAUUUUGAAAAAGACAAUUAUUCUAUUUGGUAUUGUGAAUACAAGUAUAAUUCAGAACUGAGCAAAAUUUUUAUGACCUGCAAUUUAAUAGGAGGAUUUUUUCAACGAGUUGAAAAAUUGAGGAAGAAUGCUUUUGGUAGUAUGUGUAUAUUUGGAGAAGAUAACAAAAACAGUAUAUCAGGUGUAUGGUUUUGGAGAGGACCCAAAUUAGCAUUUGAGCUGAAUCCCAACUGGCAGGUUGACUAUGAGUCAUAUGAAUGGAAAAAACUGGACCCAACUACUGCAGAAACAAAGAAAAUGGUAGAAGAAUAUUGGAAUUGGGAGGGAGAUUUUGAUGGUAAAAAAUUCAAUCAAGGAAAAAUCUUCAAGUGAAAGGAGACAACUUAUUUAUUAAAAAACUAGUGCUGGUGAAUGUGAUUAAAAGAAAAGAAAAUAUAUAAAAAAAAAA